AAGGAUAAUCUUGCCAAGAUAUCGGCGAAUGGUUGCAUUGACAGUAACUCUGAAAACAGUGAAAUGAAGAUGUUGGAGACAAAAUUAGAAACUCGAAUGUGUAUCGAGUGCGGUAGCGGUUUCCUGGGUGGUGGAGCUACAGAAGUGUGCGAUACAUGUUCAGGAGUUGGUGGAGCAAUGCAGAUGGGAGUGGGUCUUGUCUGUCCACUGUGCUCCGGCUUAGUACUUAGUCACAGUGCUGCACGAGUCUGUACCUCGUGUAAAAAGUAA